AUGGCACAACAAAAAAGAGUGAGGCCGUCUUAUUAUGAUGAGGAGGAUUAUUCAGAUGAUGAACUAUCGUAUGCAUUGAAUAAACAGGAAAAAGAAGAUUCUUCAGAUGAUGAAUUAUCAAAAAUGUCAUUUGAAACAUUAAAUAAAGCACAAUCAAAACUACAAAGACAGUUAAAGGAGGAGGAAGAUGGUGAAGAAGAAGGUUUUUUUGAUUCCGAUUCCGACUCAGAUGCUCCACCAGAAGAAACAACCUCAAAAUCCUCAAUCAAGGGUAAGAAAAAUAAACAUGCCCCAUCCGAAUCAUCAUCCAAAAAGCCAGUAUCUAGAAUCAGAGAUAUACCUGGUCUUCCAACCAGAAAAUCAAAUACCUUACAUACAGAUAUACGAUUUGAUGCAGCUUAUGGUAAAGCAGACUUAAAUAGAAUAAGAAAAGAUUAUGCAUUUUUAGAUGAUUAUAGAAAUGAAGAAAUUAAGCGAAUGGAAACAAUUUUAAAAGAUAAGAAAUCAAAAUUGAAUGAAUACGAGAAAGAUGAAUUAAGAUUAAAAUUUCAAUCAUUAAAAUCAAGAAUGGAUACUUUAAAAAAUCGAGAUUUGGAAAGUAAAAUUUUAUCUGAAUAUAAGAAGAAGAAUACUAAUGGUGAUAAACCAUUCUUUAUUAAACGUGCAGAUAAGAGAAAGAUUUUACAAAAGGCUAAAUUUGAUUCAAUGAAACCUAAACAAAGAGAAAAAGUUAUGGAAAGGAAAAGAAAGAAGAGAUUGGGUAAAGAAUUUAGACAAUUGGAAUUUAAACCAACUAAUAGAUAA